AUGGAAAGCUUCUUCUUACAGCAUAAUGUGCUCCAAGAUUGCGACCAAGACGAACUGAGCGGCCGAGUUAACUCGGACUCUGAAGCCAGUGACGAUGGCAAAGAGACUACAACUCGAGUGUACUCUGUAGCUGAUCCAACAGGACCAUGGAAGCAAAAAGCUGUGAAUUAUGAGACGUGGGGAAAGCCUACGCGCGGCAAUUGUGGUGGCAAAGGACGUGACUUCACCUCAGCAAAUACUGGACCUAAAGGCGUUAUUAACGACUAUAAGGCUCACAACCGCUAUGAAAAAGAAGAGCGUCUGCGAAAGGAAAAAGAGCGUCAAGCAGUGCUUCAUCGUAUUACUAAAGGUGUCGUAGUCCCUUUUGCUCCUUCGACGCAUGAUUUCAGUGCACAGGUGGCAUGCAAAAGCGAUGGAGAAUCAGAUGCUGGAUCCGAUACGAGCGACAUGGUUGACGACACCUUCUUGGCACAAUACACUGAGAUGCGUAUCAAGCAGAUGCAACAAAUGGCACGCAGUCGCAAAGUCUACGGUAACUUAGAGUACAUCACUCCAGAGCAAUUCCUCGCGCUUACUUCGAACACGGAGAGCGAUACAAGCACAUGUUUGCUCGUGCAUCUCUAUCACCCGGACAAUUAUGCAUGUGGUCUAUUGAAUACUCAGCUAGAGUUACUGGCACCAAAGCUUGUCCAUGUCAAGUUUACGGCGAUGGUCGCGAAGGAAGCUGACGCGUCCAUUGAAAUAGCAGAUCUUCCAGUAGUGCUGAUCUUUCGCAGUCAGCAGCAGCAUGAAGCUAUCGUAGACGUUGCGCGUCGUCUAGAUGGCGAAUUUACGUUCGAGCGAGUGGAAGCAUUUGUGAAUAAACAGCUUGGGCUGUAA